AUGGUUAAGAGCCACCGUGGUUUCCCAACACACUGUCCCUGUGGUUCACGGGUCUCAUUCCGCACCUCCAAAACAAUCGCAAACCCCGGUCGACUUUUCCACAGCUGUCCCUAUGGAAACGAGAACAAUCCACAACAUCUAUUCAAGUGGACGGACGAAUCUAUGGUCGAGGAAAUUGAGGACAUCAAGGAUCGUUUCGAUGAGUUUGAACAGGAGGCUCUCGGACACGCAAAGGAUCUGGAGGUGCUUCAGACCGAAGUUCAAAACCUCAUUCAAAAAAAUAUGGCCCACGCUACCACUAUCCAGCGUUGCCAUCAUGAUGUGGAGGAAACAAAAGACCAACUUGAAGGCCUCAAAACAGAUCUGAAAUGUCUGAAAAACCUGCUCCUCUGCACACUCUUCUUGGGCUUCGUCUAUAAGUUCAUCCUCUAA